CUCCUUGCUUUGUACGUCGAUUGCGCAGCCGAGAGAGAGACGCUGAAACACUGUGCAAGCAAGCGUAUAACAUCUACCAUUCGGUGUGAGCGCUGCUACCAAUUAUUGAGAGCAGUGCUGGUCCCCGACGCGAGUUUGGCCUCCUUGCCUGCAGCGCUGCACAGCAUAAUGAAGCGCCUCCUCGUAAUAAACCCGAACACAUCCAAGCUCUUCACAAAACGCAUCGCAGCGGUAGCGCGCCGAAGCACGGAACUCCAAGUCGAGACGGUAAAUCCACGGAGCGGCCCUAGAUCGAUAGAGAGCGCCUACGACGAGCUCCUGAGCUGCGCGCCGACGCUCGAGACGUAUUUGGAAGCGCGACGGCGCGGCCCCGUCGACGGCGUGGUGGUUGCCUGUUUUUCGGAUCACGCCGCCGUCGAAGCGCUACGGGAGAUCGCGGACGGUCCCGUCGUGGGUUUGCUGGAUGCGGCGUGUGCGACCGCGUCACUGGUCGGCGACAGCUUCGGCAUCGCCACGACGUCGAAGUCCUGGGAGCCUCUGCUGCGGAAGGGCGUGGAGCGGCUCGGCUACGGCGAGCGAUGCGUGGACAUCCGCGCCAUGGACCGGCCGGUGCUCGCUUUGGAGCACGAAAACGUGGAGCAAGCGCUCCUCGACACAACAACAGCGAUCGCCAGCGACGUGGUUAUUUUGGGUUGCGCGGGCUUUGGCUCGGAAGUAGCGAGACGGACGGCCGCGGCGACGGGCAGCUCGAUCAUAGAGCCCGUGGAGGCCGCCGUGCGCCUUUGUACCUCUUUGGCGCUCCAGGGCCUCGGGUCGGCGAAAGCGCGGCCGCUCGCGCAGGAGCUCGACGGCCUCCCGGAGAUACUGGCCGAGGCGUACGCGCCCCGCGGCGAUACCGUCGCCGUCGCGGCGCCGGCGGCACCGGCAGCGAACCGCGCCCUGGCCCUCUACCGCCGCGCGCUGCGCGCCGCGCGGCGAUGCGUCCCGGGCCAGGCCGCAACCCAAGAGGCCUACGCGCGGCAGAGCUUUCGCGCCAACGUAGGAGCUGACGCGCGGAGGGCUCCUGGCUUGCUCGCCGACGCCGAGGACCAAAUCGCGUUCGGGGAGUCGCUGCUCCGGCGCCGAGAGGCAGAGGACUCCGCGCCGGUCGCGGCGAUGGCGUCUACCGCGGCCGACCGCGUCUCCCCGGAGCCCGUCGCCUCGACGCCCGUCGCCCCGACGCCUGUCGCACCGGCGCCUCAGGAAGCACCUCGGGGAGCGCAUCGGGAAGCGUCUCGGGAAGCGCCUCAGGAAGCGCCUCGGGAAGCGGACGACCUCCUGGCCUACGGCGACUACCUCGACGGCGACGCGCUCGACCGACGACUUCGUGAUAAUUUGUAA